CUAUAGAAGAGUGCCAAGAAAUGAGGAAACUGCCGAAUUAGUAUUAAACAAAAUAUAGUUGCCUUGUGAGAGAGUCCGCAAAAUGAAUUCCUAGUACAAGGUGGCGUUUUGUUCUGCUCCCAUCCUCAGAUGGAUGGUGAUAGUUCUACGACAGAUGCUUCUCAGCUAGGAAUUGCUGGAGAUUACAUUGGUGGUAGUCACUAUGUGAUACAGCCUCAUGAUGACACUGAAGACAGCAUGAAUGAUCAUGAAGACACAAAUGGCUCCAAAGAGAGCUUUAGAGAACAAGAUAUAUACCUUCCAAUUGCAAAUGUGGCGAGGAUAAUGAAAAAUGCCAUACCUCAGACAGGAAAGAUUGCUAAGGAUGCAAAGGAGUGUGUGCAGGAGUGUGUAAGUGAAUUUAUCAGCUUUAUAACGUCAGAAGCAAGUGAGAGGUGUCACCAAGAAAAACGGAAGACUAUAAAUGGGGAAGAUAUUCUUUUUGCCAUGUCCACCCUGGGAUUUGACAGCUAUGUUGAACCUUUGAAGUUGUAUCUCCAGAAGUUCAGAGAGGCAAUGAAAGGAGAAAAGGGAAUUGGGGGAGCAGUUACCACGGCAGAUGGCCUUAGUGAAGAGCUUACAGAGGAAGCAUUUACAAACCAGUUGCCAGCAGGUUUGAUAACUACAGAUGGCCAACAGCAAAAUGUUAUGGUCUAUACGACAUCUUACCAACAGAUCUCUGGUGUUCAGCAAAUUCAAUUUUCAUGAUUUGAAGAAGGCUUUGGAUCUGGGACUGUGAGACACAGGAGGAACUAGGGAAUGCAAAAAGGUUUGAAAUGGCUGGUGAAGAAGAAAGUGUCACUUUGUAUAUUCAGUAGCUGUAAUGUAGCUUCCUGAGGCUUGACUAAUUGAGGUGUGAACUCUGACUCGAACUUUUUCUCAUGAAUGAUUUUAAAAAAUUGGAUUUUAAAGGUAUUAAAAGUAUUUUUGUUUUGUACAAGAGUUUGUUGCUCUGUAUAA